UCAUCGCUGCACUUUCUGCUACCCUACACAUUCAAAAUCCUUUUCUCUUUUCAAACAUGGGUUCACUGCUAUCAACUACGGCGAUUCUCUUGCUGAUGAUGUUCAUUUUGUCAUCAGCUCUUGACAUGUCCAUCGUAUCCUACGAUGACGCCCAUCCCGAUCGGUCAAAGUCUAGUUGGAGAACUGACGACGAGGUUAUGACCAUGUACGAGGAGUGGCUUGUACAUCAUGGAAAAGCGUACAACGGUUUGGGAGAGAAGGAGAAGAGGUUCUGGAUUUUUAAGGACAAUCUCAGGUUCAUUGAUGAACAUAACUCGGACGAGAGCCACAGCUUUAAGCUCGGGUUGAAUCGGUUCGCUGAUCUGACCAACGAGGAGUACCGCUCCACGUACUUGGGGGUUAAGAAACCCAACAGAAAAGUUUCCAAGAGGAGUUAUCGUUACGCUUCCCGCGUCGGUGAGGCGUUGCCGGAUUCCGUUGACUGGAGGAAAAAAGGUGCUGUGGCUCCGGUCAAAGAUCAGGGAUCUUGCGGGAGUUGUUGGGCCUUUUCAACAAUUGCUGCAGUGGAAGGGAUAAACCAAAUAGUUACAGCGGAUCUCAUCUCGCUCUCAGAGCAGGAAUUGGUGGAUUGUGAUAGAGGCUACAAUGAAGGGUGUAAUGGAGGGCUCAUGGAUUAUGCCUUUGAGUUCAUCAUCAAUAAUGGUGGCAUUGACACAGAAGAAGAUUACCCUUAUACAGCUCGUGAUGGAAGAUGUGACCCCUCUAGGAAAAAUGCAAAGGUUGUUUCAAUUGAUUCUUAUGAAGAUGUGCCAGCAAAUGACGAGGUAGCAUUGAAAAAGGCAGCCUCAAAUCAACCAAUUAGUGUUGCCAUUGAAGCAGGAGGCAGGGCCUUCCAGUUAUAUCAAUCGGGUGUGUUUGAUGGAAUAUGUGGCACACAAUUGGACCAUGGUGUGACUGUUGUUGGAUAUGGCACUGAGAAUGGUAAAGACUACUGGAUUGUGAAGAACUCAUGGGGUGAAAAUUGGGGUGAGGGAGGUUAUAUCAAGAUGGCAAGAAAUGUGGCCAAUUCUGUAACUGGCAAAUGUGGAAUCGCAAUGGAAGCCUCUUAUCCUAUCAAAACGGGUCCAAAUCCCCCCAAUCCUGGACCCUCUCCUCCAUCUCCUGUAAAGCCUCCUACAGUUUGCGAUAAUUAUUACUCCUGUCCUGAGAGCAAUACCUGCUGUUGUCUAUAUGAGUACUAUGGCUACUGCUUUGCUUGGGGAUGCUGCCCACUUGAGGCUGCCACUUGCUGUGAAGACAACAGCAGCUGCUGCCCUCAUGACUACCCUGUCUGUGACAUAAGGGGAGGCACCUGCUUGAUGAGCAAGGGCAAUCCUUUUGCAGUGAGGGCACUGAAGCGCACCCCUGCUAAACCUUUCUGGGGACAUGGAAUUGCAAUGGAAAUGAACAUUUCUUAAAUAGAAGACCAACAUGGAUUCUAAAGGGAGGAUGAACGAAGCUUGACAUUACUUGAAGUUCUCCGUUUUAACAUAUUGCCAACUUACUUUCAUUUUCAUACCAACAACUGGAUGGCCUAUAGACAUUACUCAGAUGCCAAUUAUGUAUCUAGCUUACAUUGUUUUAUCCAUGUUGUAUUUGGGAACAAUCAGAAUGCUGCUAAUUUCUAUUGGUCCUCUGAAUAUCAUUUCAUCAUUUAGCAAUGGCUUUCAAGAAUUGAUUAUCUGUCAACCCUAUCCGUCUUUUUAGCUGCUUAAUAUGAAUAACCAAAGUUUCUGCCUA